CAAACGAGUGUUUGUUCGUCUGUUUGUUCAUUACAGUAGCCUUAUAGUUCCAAGAUUCCUCCCCGUCUUAUACUCUUCUGCCUUGAACGGCUCCUCAUCUCGCACCCACCCUUGAGACAGAUUGCUCUCUUGGCCUCCACUGGUGAACGGUCCAACUGCACCAACUCCCCCAUCAUGGCCUCUAAUCGAGCGAGACGGAUCGCCAAGGAGAUCGCGGACAUCCAUGCCGACACGCACUCCCAGAUCACAGCGGAGCCGCUGGGUGGUGAUGACGAUAUUACACACCUUCGGGGUUCAUUCCCAGGGCCUCCAGGCACCCCCUAUGAAGGCGGCACCUUUGCUGUUGACGUCCGGAUACCAAAUGAAUAUCCGUUCCGGCCUCCGGUCAUGAAAUUUAUCACUAGGGUCUGGCACCCUAACAUCAGCAGUCAAACUGGCGCCAUCUGCCUAGACACUCUGUCUACAGCGUGGUCGCCGGUCCUGACCAUCAAGUCAGCCCUUCUGUCGCUGCAAUCCCUGCUCAGUACCCCCGAACCCAAGGACCCCCAGGAUGCCGAGGUCGCCACAAUGCUUCUUCGGAGACCGAAUGAGUUUGCGCGUGUGGCUCAAGAAUGGGCUGUCAAAUACGCCGGAGCCCCCAGUAAGUACGCCGGCGAAGGGAGCGGUGGCGUUACAGACGAGACUCUCCGUCUGCAGGACCUCAAGUCCAAGGAGGAUCAGGAGCAGGAGGACCUGGCUAAGUACGAUGGAUACAACAAGGACCUGAUCGAUCGGUUCUGUAGCAUGGGCUUCGAUGUGGACCGCGUGGUGUCCGCGUUCAGAUACUUCGGUAUUGAUCGGAUGGAGGGCGAAGACUAUGAGCUGGAGGAGGCAUACAUGGGCGAUGUCACGGCACGGCUCCUGGGCGAGCCGUAGAUGGUCCGGGGCGAGAACUACAGGGCCAGGCUGGUUUGGAUUCUGCAAUAGCGACGGUGCUGGGUUUGUUCGUCGGGCUGAUUUGAUUGCGUUCUGAGACCAAAGACUUGAGAUUUUGAGAUCCCAUGAGGCGGGUCUAAAAUAUAUCCAUCUUUCUUGCGGCAUUGUUAGAUAGUACCUGGUUGCCGUUGAUCGCAUUAGCAUUUACGCAGUUUGAAUCUGAAGCAGGCCUUGGUUAUCA